GCUGAAGUUCACGGACAUUGUAGCAAAAAAGGGAACGGUCCUUUUCUCUUUUUCCACUAUUAUGAAUGAAUGUCUGUUCUUUAAUUGUACCCCCCAGAUUAAGAUUAUCAAACAAUAUCAAACACGGUGCUGGUAACGAGCAGAAUUUAGCUCGUAUAGAUUAGGUGAAGAUGUCUGCCAGCGCGGUGUAUGUCUUGGAUUUGAAAGGAAAGGUCCUGGUGUGCCGCAAUUAUCGGGGAGAUGUGGACAUGUCGGAGAUCGAGCACUUCAUGACCCUUCUGAUGGACAAAGAGGAAGAGGGGACGCUCUCUCCAAUCCUGGCCCAUGGAGGGGUCCGCUUCAUGUGGAUCAAACACAAUAACCUCUACUUGGUUGCAACGUCCAAGAAAAACGCCAGCGUCUCACUGGUUUUCUCCUUCUUGUACAAAAUAGUUCAGGUUUUUUCUGAGUAUUUCAAAGAGCUGGAGGAAGAGAGCAUCAGAGAUAACUUUGUCAUCAUAUACGAGCUGAUGGACGAGCUGAUGGACUUUGGCUAUCCUCAGACCACUGACAGCAAGAUUCUGCAAGAAUACAUAACCCAGGAGGGACACAAGCUAGACACAGGCGCCCCGCGACCCCCCGCCACAGUCACCAACGCCGUCUCCUGGAGGUCAGAGGGCAUCAAGUACAGGAAGAACGAGGUCUUCCUGGACGUCAUUGAGUCAGUCAACCUCCUGGUCAGCGCCAAUGGGAACGUUCUACGUAGCGAGAUUGUCGGCUCCAUUAAGAUGCGCGUCUUCCUGUCGGGAAUGCCCGAAUUGCGUCUGGGUCUAAACGACAAGGUUCUGUUUGAAAACACUGGACGAGGGAAGAGUAAAUCGGUGGAGCUGGAGGAUGUCAAGUUUCACCAGUGCGUCCGUCUGUCCCGCUUCGAGAACGACCGCACCAUCUCCUUCAUUCCUCCCGACGGAGAGUUUGAGCUCAUGUCCUACCGCCUCAACACCCAUGUGAAGCCCUUGAUCUGGAUCGAGUCCGUCAUCGAGAAGCAUUCUCACAGCCGCAUCGAGUACAUGAUCAAGGCGAAGAGUCAGUUCAAGAGGCGUUCCACAGCCAACAACGUGGAGAUUCACAUUCCUGUGCCAACGGACGCUGACUCACCCAAAUUCAAGACCACAGUGGGCAGCGUGAAGUGGGUGCCAGAGAACAGCGAAAUCGUCUGGUCAAUCAAGUCUUUCCCUGGUGGAAAGGAGUAUCUGAUGCGAGCCCACUUCGGCCUGCCGAGCGUAGAGGCUGAGGACAAGGAGGGGAAGCCACCAAUCAGUGUCAAGUUCGAGAUCCCGUAUUUCACCACCUCAGGCAUUCAGGUGCGCUACCUGAAGAUCAUCGAGAAGAGCGGAUACCAGGCCCUGCCGUGGGUGCGCUACAUCACCCAAAAUGGAGAUUACCAGCUCCGGACCCAGUAGGCAGCGGGCGGCAGGUGGGGAUCAGACGGGGUGGAGUCAAGUCGCUAAUGUGCUAUCAAUGGCAGGUGGCAGUCACGAGACCAGACGACUGUCCGUUCUCCUACUUACUUUUUCUCUCUUUUUAUUUUAUUUUUUUUCCUUUAGUUUAGUAUUUUUUUUAUUCAUUUAUGAUCAAUGCAAAAGUUAGACGGAGCCUUCAUCUACAGUCAGACGAGGCUCGUGAAAAAAACCCACCCCGCCGGGGUGACUCCGAAAUACGAGCGAGGCCAAGGAAAAGCAGGAGUAACGUUUACAUCGGCUCAUACGGUGCAAAGUCGUACACAAUCUAUCACAAAGUGUGUCAAAUGGUUCAAAAGACUUAUGUUACAACUCCCAUUUAAUGUUACU